ACACAGUCUGGGGGCGAAAGGACGAUUGCUUAAUGAACGUGCAAACAGUCGAGCAAACAGGAGAUUAUGCUGCCACUGGACAGCGCCAGUGGAGGAGCCCACCUCUUCCACCAGAAAUGUUGGGAGCUGGCUCGCCCAAGAGCACGUCCUCCGCUUUAUGGGAAUUACAUCGAUGAAACUGGGACUCGUUGCUUCAAGUCGCCUCGCUGCUGCAGGAAGAGCACAGUUUCGGGACCGAUACUAACUUAUGUCAAGGGAUACUGUGAUACUUCGUCGCUGCACGGCAUCCGGUAUUUGACGGACUCCAAAUUGCGUCACUUUGAAAGGUUCAUUUGGCUAUUGAUUCUGGUGGGCACCUUCAUUUGCGCAACUAUUGUGUAUAUUGAUCUCAGUGCACUUUACAACUCUGGCCGUGUUCAAACAACCAUUGAAAACAGCAUGCAGCCCGUAUUCCGAAUCUCAUUCCCAAGUGUGGGCAUUUGUCCACGCAGUCGCAUCAAUUGGCUGAAAAUGCAACAGGAAGUGCCCCAGCAAUUUUUGGGCGCCAAUGCCACCCAGGAGCAAAAAGACGUCUUUAUACAAUUCUUUACAGCUGUUUCUACUGUAAUCUUUGAAGAUAUGAGUAAUCUGAAAAACAUUUUUGAGAACCAAACUCUCGCAGCGAAUGUUCACCAACUGGAUGGCUUGGAUGUGUCGAGUGUGUUGCGCUAUGCGCAUCAUGAUUGCACUGAUAUCUUCGUGGAAUGCAAAUGGAGAGGCAAGCAGCAAAACUGUUGCGAGAUAUUCGAGUUGCAGAUCACUGAAUUGGGCAUCUGUUGGAUCUUCAAUUCGGCGGUCAGUGUACAGAUGCAACAACGUGCGAAGGUCGACAAAUACUAUCCGCUCCGCACUGCAAAAGCCGGGCCAGGUACUGGACUGGAUGUAUUUCUGCGCUUAAACAAAUCGCUAGUUUAUCCUGGCGUUAGCGGCUCAUUCAUGAUUAUCAAGCAGCCACAACAGUGGAGCGAUUCAGCCCGAGAGUUGCCCACCAACUCGUUCAAUUCAGUUAGUCUGACGCCUCGCUACACGAAUUCCGAGGCUGGAACCCGAACUGUGGAUGCAAAGCAAAGGGGUUGCCUCUUUCCCGAUGAGAUCCACAACCCGUACUACAAGAACUUGCCGGGCUUCACCUAUUGGCGAGGCAAUUGUCGCACCAAAUGCCACCAGGAGUAUGCGAUUAAAUUGUGCAAUUGCUCUGCGGAUAUGUUCUUUCCCCGUAACAAAGAUGAUCAUUUUGUAGACUGCAAGCCAUCUGAUUUUCGAUGCUUAUACGACCACAGAUUGACAUUUGGCGUGGAGCGCCUUCCUCUGGAGCAGGAGUACGUGGACAGUGUGUUCAAGGAGUACAUGAUCUGUGACUGCCUGAACAGCUGUUCACAGCUGGUUUACGACACCAUCUUCAGCAGCAAUGCAUUAGACUCAGACGAAAUGAGGCCCGAUGCGUACAGCAUGCAUCUGGACGUGUUCUUUCAAUCGCCUUGGUUCAUCAAAUAUCAAACACAAAUGCGCUUCACUUUUGUGGAACUGCUCGCUAGCUUUGGUGGCAUCGCUGGUCUAUUUCUGGGUGCCUCGCUUCUCAGCGCCUUCGAGUUGGUCUACUACUUUACCAUUGGUCUAUAUUUAUAUUUGUUUGGCGGCAACAGGAAGUCCAAGCAGACAUCACCAGCACAACCCGUCACAAUAUAUUUUCCGCGCAAGAUAAAACCAAUUAAAGUUAAGUAUUGAACAAAGUUAUUAAAUACAUAAAUGAGAUGUUAACUGAACAACAAUUAUGUAUGCUGUAUGAUAAUCUUAAUAAACAAAAUUUA